UUGCAAUGGAAAAAAUUAUGAAAGAACAUUCAAAACAAGCAGUCAUGUCGAAUGUUGCAUAGGUAUGAAUGAACAGCUCUUUAAUCCAGAUACUCAUAUAUGUUGCGGUGGUGCUCUUCAUCCUAGAAUUGCUAAUGGUUCAAUUCAAGGUUGCUGCAGUAGCACAAUUUACAACAGUAGGAAAACUCUGUGUUGCAGUGGGAUUCAUUAUCCACAAUACAGGCCAGAUCGUAACGCUUGCUGUGGAUCAACAAUUUACAGCUUUAAAGACGAGAUGUGCUGUGGGUACAAAGUUCACAAACUCAAUUUCGCAAGGCUUUGUUGCGGGAACGAAACAUUUGAUGCUUUCCUUCAGCAAUGUUUUCAUGACACUGAAGUCAUGAAUGCAUAUGAAAGUAAAUGUGGAGAUACGAAAUACGACACUAGAAAACAGAUGUGUUGCAACAAGGUAUUGAUAACAGAGAACCCGAGAGGUCUUCGAUGUUGCGGUUCUGCAACAUUUAAUUACAGUUUAAAUGACUGCGUGGAGAAUAAAAUUGUCACCAAAGGAUAUCUUCUAUGCAAUAAAUACGGAGAAUAUAACCCUUUAACGCAUGAUUGUUGUGAAGGAGAUUUAAGGAGGAGAAGUGGGUCAUGGUGGCGCUGCUGUGGUGGCGAAAUGAUUAACUAUGAAGUGGAAAACUGUUGCGCAGGAAAAGGUUAUAACAAAAGAAACGAACAAUGUUGUGGUGGUAAUGUUACCAAAAUUGAAGAUACUUGCUGUGCAGGCCAGGCGUUAGAUCCUAAAACACAAGUGUGCUGUGGGAAAACUCUUUUUAGUAAUGAAGAGAUAAUGCAGAAAAAUGAAACGCAUCAUGACAAAUGCUGUACAACCGUACAUGGGCAAAUUUCAUAUGAUUCUGCGAACUUCGUUUGCAGUUGGAAGAAAAACACUGUUAGCAGAAAAAGCAAUCGACCAAUAUGUGGACGAAGGGAAUAUAAUCCUAGGAAAGACCUCUGUUGUAACUCAAGAGUUUUUAAGAAAGCGCUUCGAAGGGGAAUGAAAUGCUGUAUGCCAAGUGCAUCUAUAUAUAAUUCAAGAACACAUGUAUGUUGUUAUGGUGUCAAGAAGGUCGGCAAUAGAUGCUGGAAAGCAAAUUUUCGUCGGACAAAGUUUCGUCGUCGAUGUCCACGGAGUUGUGGACGAAGAAAGAUGACAUUAAAGAAAUAUUGCAAAAUUUCACAAGGUACCUACUUACAUAGACCGAUAUCUCGACUGGAAUCGAAAAUGAAGAAACAAUUCAAGUCAAUUGAGGGAGGUGAAUCUUGUAAGUGUGUGUACAAAAGGAAAAUCAGAAAAGAUUCCUGUAUUUUGACUGGUGGCCGAUGUAUGUCUUACCGGGAAAUUAUUGGAAUAUUAGUUGUAAAGAAGAGGAAAUUUAUCCUGUGGUACUUUCAAAGUAAUAGAAAGAGGAAAGAUCAAACACGAUUCUGUGCUUCAAAUUUAUGA